UAGCUGUUUUUCUCUCGUUGGAGUUCUGGGCUUUAGAAUCCGCCGCCAUCCCAAGAGUUGCGGGAGACCAGUCCUCUAAGGGAUGGUCCUUUGAGCUGACGCAGCCACGAUGGUCCAGCGUUUGACGUACCGCCGGAGGCUCUCCUACAAUACAGCCUCCAACAAAACCAGACUGUCCCGAACUCCUGGUAACAGAAUUGUUUACCUUUAUACUAAGAAGGUUGGGAAGGCACCAAAAUCUGCAUGUGGUGUGUGCCCAGGCAGACUUCGUGGGGUUCGUGCUGUGAGACCUAAAGUCCUGAUGAGAUUGUCUAAAACCAAAAAACACGUCAGCAGGGCCUAUGGUGGUUCCAUGUGUGCUAAAUGUGUCCGUGACAGGAUCAAGCGUGCUUUCCUUAUCGAGGAGCAGAAAAUUGUUGUGAAAGUGUUGAAGGCACAAGCACAGAGUCAGAAAGCUAAAUAAAAACAUGAAACUUUCGAGUAAUUAAAAUUCAAAAGGUUGUUUUGUG